AUGCUGGCGCUCAAUUGCAACCACUUUUGCGACGAAUUUUGCCAAGCGCUAGGUGUUGGCCCCACUCCAGUGUGGGUCAACCGCUUUGCGUAUGCUGGAGAUGUGACGUUGGAAUUCUAUGAUCAAGCAUCAACUCAGCUGUCUCAAUUUCGUGAUUCAGUGUCCCAACUCAGCACCAGCACCUACUAUUAUCUCUUUGGCCCACCACAAGCGCCACCACUCACUGCAUCUGCAUCCUUCCCAGCCGUGUCCUCUGCUGCUAUGAAUGGGGAAACUCGAGUGCCUGUGUCAAAGAGCAUGGGUGCAAUGAGGGAACGGAAGGAAGGGGAUGGAUCCCCAUUGCUCGCGGCAGAUGGGAAUAGAGAAGGCAAUCGAGCAUCCUUGCCUGUGUUCGCUACGGUGGAGGCCUCCUCAAGAGAUCAAAGCUGA